AUGUCUACCGAUUGGGACGCUAUUAAAGCGGGGGCUCAAAAGCUCCACUCAUCCGCAAACACUCCCGACUCUCCCCUUCGGAAUGGCCUUCCCGAUCUGGUGGACGACUGGAACCCAGACGAAAUCUGGGUCUCGAGCGACGUACUAUAUCGCUUGCCCUACUUCAUCGAGUCCGCGAGGCUCCACCGCCAACUUGGACGGGAUGGCUUUGAGCGCGGGUGCGACACCAUGACCGGACCCGUGACGUGGAUAUGCAUCAAAGCGGCGAAGCUCUACCGUGAUCAAAUCCUCGAAGAGAAGAGCUUCAUUCCUCGGAACGACGAUGACAUGGGUCUGUGGAUAAUGGGCAAGUUCUUCACGGUCAGUGCUGAGUACAAGACGGAGCGGUUUUUGCCAGAGGCCCGCGCUUGGGUGAAGAUGAUGCUGCAACUCUCGCUACCCAGCGGACUCGCGGUCGAAGUGAUGCGGGACGGGAAGAUGUUGUUGAACCCCCCGCAUGGUUUCGCGGGCAACGCUCGAGGUCCAUUCGGCAGUCGUUGA